GAGUUUCUGUUGAGUGUCCUAGCAACAAGGCCAAUAGUGGCAACUGCUUUUGAGAAUUGCUUUAGCCGCGAAAUAUUUGCAAUGUUGUAGUUUAAAAUUAAUGUAUUAGACCACAUAGAAACGGAAAGUUAAAGUUGACAUUGCUUUCAUGAAUUUUUGAAAUUUGCUGUUGGGAUUGUUAUUGGACAGGAAAGUGUGUCAGGCCAGUAGGCCGCUGGUCUCAGCAAGAAUACUUAGGCCUCUAUAAAGCCAUGUCUCGAAUAGACCCGGAACAACUUAAAGCAAGGCUCGUUGCCAAACCAGAACUAGGACCAAGUCCAGGCUCUUUAAAGUUCACUAGACCAACACCUGUUCAACGCAAAAAGGAUGUGCCAUCCCAAGUUGUUCUUGACCCGCUGCCUCAUUUGACAGAGUAUCAAAGAAAGCAGAGAGAGAGGCCAAAGAUUGAGGAGUUAUUCGGUAAGCAAAAUGCUGAACCAUCAAACAAGAAGUUGAAGAGAAAGUCUUCUGUUGAACCACUUGAUGACAGAGGAUCCCCCUUGCCAAAUCUACCAGAUGAUUUAAAGCAAAAGCAAGAGUGGAUUGAUCAAGCUGUUGGGAAAAAGAAACCUAUGUCACCAACCCCUCCUCCUGAAAAGCCAGUCAGUCCAAAUGGCAUCUAUCGUAAUGGUGCAAGAUAUGUUAAUGGAACUGGUAAAGGAAAGAAGCAAUCAAUUGAAGAAAUUGUUGCCAAGGGCUUAAAAAAUCCUUUAGAAAUCAUUCAAUUGAUGAGAGAGAGAAAAGAUGUUGGUUUUUUAUAUAUGGCUGCUGCAGUUCCAAGAUCAUCUAUUGAGUACAAUCCAUACAAUCUUAAGAUUGUUCCUCACUCAGAGAUUGAUCCCAAAGAUCACUACACUAUAAGUUUGCAAGGCGUCACACACAAUACUCCUGAUGAAGUUGAGUUCACCAAACUCAGCAGAUGGGAAAAAGAAUAUAAAGAUUACCAACGUUUGAUAAAGAUCCCAUCUUUUGCAAACUUUAGAAAAUGGAAAGCAUUUUAUGUUUGGAGGAAAAAUGUCAGAGGAAAGAAAAUUAUCAUUUGCAAGAGCGCACUUCAUAAAAAUCUGUUCAUUGUAAACCCAGCCCUACGCCCUGCAUUGCUAAGUGUGAGGGAAAUGUGCUAUCGAAUCAGUGAUAUGGGCUUGUGCAGUGUGGAGAAAGGCAAGACAUACACGCUGUCAGAAUUCAGAAGUGCACAGUUUAGGCAGCUGCGUGAGGUUACCAAUCGGCUGGCUGAGUUCCGUGAGCUAGUGAAAGAAGUUGUCCGAAGUGCGUGCCGGACUGCUUUGCUUGAAGCCGGGUUUGUUCCUGAUGACCACUACCCUGACGCGGACAGUCAGUACGGAGAUAUGAUGACAGGAGGCAUGUUUGGAGACUCUGCCUAUGGUAUGCAGGGCUUUAAUGAUUAUGAUAUGUACGAGGAGCCAGACAAAAUGACAUACACAGAACAAGCAAAUAAACGAAGCAACUGUAAAAGACUAACGAGCUUUAUUCGACUUGCUGACUAUCUCAUUGUCAACACAAUGCAUGUGCUAGCUGUCAAUUCAGUAACAACCUUACUCAAUUAUUUCAUGGAACAACUGAGAGAAACUCCAUCUUUGGACAUUAUACAAAGGCUCCAAGAGGACAUCCUAGUGGCGUCAGAUUCUAAGGAAGACGGAAUUCUGGCAUCCCUGUUCAAAACCGAGCUUCUUCUUGAGCCCCAAGCACUGCUUUUUAGCCCCAAUAUGCACGAUUUUCAGUCUGGUGUCAGUGAAGUUGUUGUCAGUUUUCAAGAUACAGUUCUCAGUGUGGAAAAUUUGGUUCCUGAUCCAUACUUCGACGCGUUCACAAGGCCUAUUAUAAAUGGAAAAGUCGAGGAGAAGACUUGCGGAGAAGGACCAAGCCUUUCCAAUAUGUUUGAUGACGAUCGACAUCUGCAAGAGGUCAUAAGCAAUAUUAAAGAAUCUCUAGCAGCUGGCUUCGAGGCUGCAUGGCAUUAUGCAAACACAUUUGAAGUCUACCGAGAGUUCUACAGUGAAAACGAGAGACAAGAUCUGGAGGCUCUCAGACAAGGGCAACACGAUGUUCCCUUUUACUCUGAAUCCCUUGCGAAAUAUACUCAGCAACAUACAGUUGCACAGGGCAUAAAAGAAGAGAGGUCUGUUGGAAUGCUUCUUGUUGACGCUAGGAAGCUGAAAGAAGUUCUUAUUCCUUCGCCACUAAAGUGCUUGAAGGCCAUUCAUGAAAACCUUCCUGUCCUCGCGAAAGAGCGUGUUAGAAAACUCAAUGAAUUUGCGUCGAAAGCUCAGUCGAAACUUGAAGCAAAGCCUACGACAACAGAAGAGUUUGUUGAAAGUCUCAACUUCCUUGAUUCAAUCCAGGAGCACAUUGACGAGAAAGAGCGUGAUGCGGAGACUGUCAAGUCACUUUAUGAUCUGAUUGAUUUAUACGAAGUGCCAACUCCACCUGAAGACCUUGCAGAGUAUCAGACUCUACGGCCAUCAAUGACUGGUGUAAGGAAUGCCAUUGAUAAAUCGCUUGCUGAACGCGACUCAAACAUUGACAGGUUCUGCACUUCACUUGAUAAAGAUAUUGCUAUAUUGAGCAAAGAAGUCAAGAAAGUGAAGCAAGAGGCGCAGAACCCAGAGAUACUUGAUGCAACUGCAAAGAUGGAUAAGACGAUUCCCUUGCUUACCGACCUGUAUGAGCGCGUUGAUGAACUAACUAAAAGAUCCUUGAAGUAUAAAGGGUAUCAGAAGAACUUUAAAGUCGAAGUUACGAAAUUUGAAGAGUUGGAAGAAGUUUUUGCAGAAAUAAAGCUAAAACAGCUCUUAUGGGAUUCAUUAGCGAACUGGGAUGAGGCACAUGAAAAUUGGCUCCAGACUCCUUUCGAUAAUCUUGACCCGGAAAAUCUUAAUGCUGACGUCAUGAAAUACGUGAAAGAUACUCUUAAGCUUGAGAAGGGUUUGCCUCCCAAUGGUGUUGUCCCAAUAUUGAAAGAAAAAGUCGAAGACAUGAGGUUGAAGCUGCCUGUAGUAUCAGACAUGCGAAAUCCUUCAUUGAAGCAAAGACAUUGGGAUGCUAUUGAGCAUGUUGUUGAUUACAUUUUUAAAGAAGAUGAACCAAUCACACUUGGUCUUCUUGUACAAAUUGGCGCUUUUGACCAUUCAGAGAAGAUUCAAGAGAUAUCUGCACAAGCAUCGAGUGAGGCAUCACUGGAAGGUAUCCUCAAAAAGGUGGAGGAUUCUUGGAAAUCAACCGAAUUCAUUGUACUUCCGCAUCGUGACUCUAAGGAUGUCUUCAUACUUGGCGGCAUUGAUGACAUACAAGCUUUGCUUGAUGAUAGCCAAGUCAACAUCUCAACAAUUGCUAGCUCGCGCCAUGUUGGACCAAUCAGAGGGAAGGUCGAGGAGUGGGUCAAACAAUUGGCUCUUUUUAAUCAAACUUUAGAUGAAUGGAUGACAUGUCAGAGAAACUGGCUUUACCUAGAAAGCAUUUUCAGCGCACCAGAUAUAGUCCGGCAAUUACCUGCAGAAGCAAAAAUGUUCAUGCAAGUUGACAAAUCAUGGAAAGAUGUGAUGAGAAAAGUUUACAGACUGCCAAACGCACUCCGGGCAGCAACCACUCCGGGUUUGCUGGAAACAUUUCAAAACAAUAACUCUUUGCUGGAUCAAAUUCAAAAGUGCCUUGAGGCAUAUCUUGAAUCAAAGUGUAUUAUUUUUCCAAGAUUUUACUUUCUAUCCAACGAUGAGCUUUUGGAAAUCCUGUCACAAACGAGAAACCCACACGCAGUGCAGCCUCAUUUGCAAAAAUGUUUUGAUGCUAUUUCAAAACUGGAAUUUGGAACUUUGCAGCAAACGUCUCAGACGCCCGAAAAGCCAGGAACCUCAUCAGGAGAAAGACCGCAUUCUCCAACCAAAAAUGUUGAAGCCAAGAGUAAUGAUAUUAUUGCAAUGAUCUCACCGGAAGGAGAGCGAGUCAAUCUUGGAAAGGGUUUAAAGGCACGUGGGAACGUCGAAGAGUGGCUUGGGAAAGUUGAAGACUCGAUGUUUACGUCACUAAGGAAACUGACGAAAGGAUCUCUUGCUGAAUAUGAACUAAAGCCGAGAGAGGAAUGGGUGACAGAACACCCCAGCCAGGUUAUUCUAACAGUCUCACAAACCAUGUGGUGUCGUGAUGUCACUGAAAUACUCACGAUGGAAGGAGACAGAAAUGCAGCAUUAAAAGUUUUUGAAGACAAAUGUUUCAAAAAUCUGAACCAGCUUGCAGCUCUUGUACGUGGUGAACUGCCAAAGCUAGCUAGAAGCACGCUCUGUGCUUUGAUCACAAUCGAUGUCCAUGCCAGAGACAUUAUCACCGAAAUGGUCCACUCAAAGGUGAAUGAUUCAAAUAAUUUCGAGUGGCUGAAACAGCUUCGUUACUACUGGGACAGUGACCUCGAUAACUGUAUCGUGCGCAUGUCAAAUUCUACAUAUGUGUAUGGCUACGAAUACCUGGGCGCUUCUCCACGCCUUGUCAUCACCCCCUUGACUGAUCGUUGCUACUUGUGUUUAAUGGGAGCAUUGCAACUGAAUCUCGGGGGUGCCCCUGCUGGACCUGCUGGUACAGGAAAGACAGAGACUACAAAGGAUUUGGCAAAAGCCUUAGCCAAACAGUGUGUUGUUUUCAAUUGCUCUGAAGGUCUUGACUACAAGAUGAUGGGAAGAUUCUUCUCUGGGCUGGCACAGUCAGGUGCUUGGUGUUGUUUUGAUGAAUUCAACAGGAUAGACAUCGAAGUCUUAUCUGUCAUUGCUCAACAGCUCCUGACCAUAAGGAAUGCAAAAAUUGCCAAGGCUGCGCGGUUCAUGUUUGAGGGACGUGAGAUCCGAUUGAUACCAACAUGUGCAGCGUUCAUAACAAUGAAUCCUGGAUAUGCAGGCAGAACAGAGCUGCCUGAUAACCUGAAAGCUUUAUUCAGACCUAUGGCCAUGAUGGUUCCUGAUUAUGCUUUGAUUGCCGAGGUAAUCCUGUACUCAGAAGGUUUUGAGUCCUCUCGCGUGCUCGCUAGAAAAAUGGUACAGAUGUAUCAGCUCUGCUCUGAGCAGCUUUCACAACAAGAUCAUUAUGACUUUGGUAUGCGUGCAGUCAAAUCAGUGCUUGUUAUGGCUGGUGCCUUGAAGAGAGACAACCCAACGUUGCCUGAGAAUGUUGUACUUAUCAGAGCCUUGCGAGAUAGCAAUCUGCCAAAGUUUCUAUCCCAAGAUGCAGUUCUGUUCAGGGCUAUACUGCAGGAUCUGUUCCCUGGUGUACAGAUUCCAGAUCAUGACUAUGGAAGGCUUCAAUCUGCUAUUGAGGACGCCCUCAUCGCAAAGGGAUUACAGUCGUUGCCUUCUAUGGUGCGCAAGACAAUCCAACUUUACGAGACAAUGAUAGUUCGUCAUGGAGUUAUGUGCGUUGGACCAACAGGAGGUGGCAAAUCGUCAAGCUAUGAGGUUCUAAAGGAUGCUUUGACAAAUCUAUUCAAAGAUGGCCUUGACAACCCAUUUUAUAGGCCUGUAAACACAUUUGUACUCAACCCCAAGUCAAUAACAAUGGGCGAACUUUACGGAGAAGUGAAUAAACUUACGAUGGAAUGGAAGGACGGUCUUAUGGCAAUGACAGUUAGGCAGUGUGUUCAGGAAACAAACGAAAAUCAUAAAUGGAUUGUCUGCGAUGGACCUGUUGAUGCCCUUUGGAUUGAAAACAUGAACACAGUCCUGGAUGACAACAAAAUGCUUUGUCUUGCUAACAGCGAGCGUAUCAAACUCAACAAUACAAUUCACAUGCUUUUUGAAGUGCAAGAUUUGGCAGUGGCAUCUCCUGCAACUGUCAGUCGAUGUGGAAUGGUUUACUAUGAUCCUGGAGACCUUGGUUGGAGACCAUAUGUGCAGUCGUGGUUGCAGAAAGUUGGGCAUCGAUACAAAGAGGAAACAAGAGAUUAUAUGAUGCGACUUUUUGAGCAAUAUAUUGAUAAUGGCCUGAAGAUUGCAAGAAAGAAAUGUGUUCAAGCCAUACCACAGGUUGAUAUAAGCAAAGUCAGCACUCUAUGUGCGCUGCUUGAAAGUCUAAUCUUCCAAGAUGAAGGACCACCAGAUCCGAAGAUGGACCCUGUCAGGCUGCAUCCCUUGAUUUGCACUGUCUUUGUGUUUUGCUACGCUUGGGCUAUUGGUGGCAACCUGGUCGAAAGCAGUAUAGAUAUUUUUGAUUCCGCCUUGCGGGAGAUGUUUCAAGAUAACAAUGAUGUUAGGCAACCUGCCUCUGGUGACAUGUUUGGCUAUUAUGUAGAUCUUGACACAAGGCGAUUUGAGCCGUGGGAGAAGAUCGUUCCAUCAUUUCAAUACAACCCAAAGAUGCCGUAUUUUGAUAUCUUGGUUCCAACUGUUGAUACUGUGCGGUUUGGAUAUCUUAUGGAGAAACUGCUCUCAACAAGACGUUCUGUUCUUUACACAGGCACGACUGGCGUUGGCAAGUCUGUGAUUGCCCGUGGGUUGCUUGGAGAAAUUGCAGACAAAUACAACUAUGUACCUGUGUUCAUGAACUUCUCAGCGCAGACAAGCAGCAUGAGAAGUCAGGAAAUGAUCGAAUCAAAGCUAGAAAAGAAAAGAAAAAACAUUUUAGGUGCACCUGUUGGAAAAAGAGUUAUAAUUUUUGUCGAUGACUUAAAUAUGCCAAAACUCGAUACCUAUGGAUCUCAACCACCAAUAGAGCUGCUGCGACAGUACCAGGAUUUCGGAGGAUUUUAUGACAGAGAAAAGCUUUUCUGGAAGCAGUUACAGGAUGUCACAAUAAGUGCAGCAUGUGCUCCUCCUGGCGGUGGACGAAAUCCCGUCACGCCACGGUUCAUUCGACAUUUCAGCAUGUUCUCAAUACCUUCCUCAAGUGACCACACACUGAAGCAUAUUUUCAAGUCAAUUUUGAAAGGAUUUCUCUUGGAUUUCCCAAGUGCUGUUAAGGAAAUGGCUAAAGCAAUUGUCAGUGCAAGUGUGGAAAUCUACUGUCAGAUGAGCACAGACCUAUUGCCAACUCCAGCCAAAUCUCAUUACGUCUUUAACCUUCGAGAUUUGUCCAAAUGCAUCCAAGGUGUCUUGCAAGCUGAUCCAGGCAUCAUCAGGGACAAGGAACAGAUUUUCCGCCUCUUCUGCCACGAGGCUCAGCGUGUGUUCCAUGACCGUUUGAUCAAUAACGAAGAUAAGAGCUACUUCAACACUAUGCUCUCAGAAAUGGCACAGAAGCAUUUCUCGAUAUCAACAAACGCAGAGUAUUUUGAAACUGACCCGAUUCUGUAUGGCGAUUUCAUGAAAAUGGGUGCUGAUCCAUCAGAUCGAAUGUACGAAGAACUGUCCAACGUGACAAAGUUGAAGACUGUUUUGUCUGAUUAUCUUGAUGAUUACAACAUGUCAUCAUCUAAGGAAAUGAAACUCGUCUUCUUUAUGGAUGCUACCCAGCAUUUAUCAAGGAUUGCUCGAAUGAUUCGACAGCCACGUGGAAACGCCCUUCUUGUAGGAGUUGGUGGAACAGGAAAACAAAGCUUAACAAGAUUAGCCUGUCAUAUGUCUGGCUACAGAUGCUUCCAAAUUGAGUUGACUAGAGGUUAUGAUUAUUCAUCGUUCAGAGACGAUCUCAAGAAACUCUACACCUUUGCUGGUGUUAAUGGACAAAACACAGUCUUUCUUUUCUCUGACACUCAGAUCGUUGUGGAGGAGUUUUUGGAGGACAUCAACAAUAUACUUAACUCCGGAGAGGUGCCAAAUUUAUUUGAGCCAGAAGAAUAUGCAGCAUUAAUAAAUGGCGUUAGACCCCAUGCAAAGGAAGCUGGAGUUCCAGAACAUGAUAGAGAUGCCGUGUACAACCAUUUGAUCAACCGUGUGCGAGAGAAUCUCCAUAUCGUCUUAUGCAUGAGUCCAGUUGGUGAGGCAUUCAGGACUCGAUGCCGUAUGUUCCCGUCUCUUGUUAACUGUUGCACCAUUGACUGGUUCUCCGAAUGGCCAAGAGAGGCAUUGCUUUCCGUCUCCAAAAACUUUUUCGAAGAGAUUGACCUUGGCGAAGAUGGAAUUAAGGAAAAUAUAGCAGAAAUGUGUGUCGAGAUUCACACCAGUGUUACAUCAAUGGCUGAUCGAUAUUACAACGAGCUGAAACGACGAUACUACACAACGCCAACGAGUUAUUUGGAGCUGAUCAACCUGUACCUUUCGAUGUUGGAAGAUAAACGACGACAACUGGUUACAGCAAGAGAUCGUGUCAAAAAUGGUUUGAAAAAGUUGCUGGAAACAAAUGAACUUGUUGAUACGAUGCAGGUAGAAUUAGUUGCAUUGGAACCUGAACUGAAACAGAAGUCUUUAGAUACGGAGAAGCUCAUGGAGAGGCUCCAGGUUGACCAAGAGGAGGCUGACAAGGUAAGGAAAGUAGUGAUGGCAGAUGAAACUGUUGCCCGUGAAAAAGCCAAAGAAACUGAAUCUAUAGCUGAAGAUGCACAAAGAGAUCUUGAUGAGGCAUUGCCUGCUUUAGAAGCUGCAAAUAAGGCACUAGAUGCGUUGGACAAAGCUGAUAUUUCUGAAAUUCGAGUCUUCAAUAAACCACCAGAUAUGGUCAUGACUGUCAUGGAGGCCGUUUGUAUUCUUCUUAACACAAAACCCGACUGGCCGUCUGCAAAGACGCUUCUUGGUGAUCAGAACUUUCUCAAGAGGCUUGUCGACUUCGAUAAGGACAACAUCCCUGACUCUGUUUUGAAGAAACUCAAGAAGUACAUUGACAAUCCAAAGUUCAUUCCAGAGAUCGUAGAGAAAACGUCAAAGGCUUGUAAAUCAAUGUGCAUGUGGGCUAGAGCGUGUGACUUGUAUGCUAAAGUCUACAAGACGGUCGAACCAAAAAGACAAAGACUUGCACAAGCAGAAAGUGAAUUGCAAGCAACUAUGGCGACACUCAAGGCAAAGCAAGAGAAACUGGCAGAAGUCGAGAAUAAGAUUGCUGAGCUACAAGCCUCUUAUGACCAAAGUAUUGCUGAGAAGGACAGACUCACUAAGAAUAUCGCCCAGACGGCUGCUAGGCUGAAGAGGGCUUCGAAACUAACGACAGCACUGGGAGACGAACAGGGAAGAUGGACUGAAAAUGUGGCUGCUUUCGAGGUUGAUAUUGGGAAUGUUGUUGGCAACGUUUUCGUGGCAGCUGCAUGCGUGGCUUAUUUUGGUGCAUUCACAAGCUUGUAUCGGCAUGAGCUUGUCACUUCCUGGGUAGCGAGAUGUAAGGAAUUGGACAUCCCAGUGACAGAUGACUUUAGCCUCAUCCACGUCCUAGCAGAUCCAUACGAGAUUAGACAGUGGAAUUCAGAUGGCCUACCACGUGAUACUGUUUCUAUUGAGAAUGCUGUACUGGUAACAAGAGGCAGGCGUUGGCCAUUGAUGAUUGAUCCGCAAGACCAAGCCAAUAGAUGGAUCAGGCAGAAGGAGUCAAAGAAUAGCUUAAAAGUCAUCAAGCUGACGGAUCCAAACUUCUUGCGAACACUUGAAAAUUGUAUACGAAUUGGCAUGCCUGUGCUACUCGAGGAGAUUGGUGAAUCACUGGAUCCUUCUCUCGAGCCUGUGUUGUUGAAACAGACGUUUAUUUCCGGUGGAAGAAUGCUGAUACGGCUUGGAGAUAAUGACAUCGAAUAUGAUAAAAACUUCAGAUUUUACAUGACUACGAAACUGGCCAAUCCUCACUAUUUGCCGGAGGUUUGCAUCAAGGUGACAAUCAUCAACUUCACGGUGACAACAUCAGGACUGGAGGAUCAACUUUUAGGUGAUGUAGUAAGGCUAGAGCGUCCAGACUUGGAGGAGCAACGAAAUCAGUUGAUUGUGCGGAUUAACACUGACAAGAAUCAGUUAAAAGCGAUCGAGGAUCGAAUUCUUAAGUUGCUGUUCACAUCCGAAGGAAAUAUUUUGGAUGAUGAAGUACUAAUCAACACUUUGAAUGAAUCCAAAGUAACAUCUGGUGUCAUAACAACGCGUCUAAAAGAGGCUGAAACAACAGAGGAGAAAAUAAGCACUGCCCGAGAAAAGUAUCGUCCAGUGGCAACAAGAGGCUCCGUGAUGUAUUUCGUAGUAGCCUCUCUUGCAGAAAUAGAUCCGAUGUAUCAAUAUUCAUUGAAGUACUUUAAACAGCUCUUCAACACCUGCAUAGAUAACAGCCCUCCUGCCGAAGAUCUUGAUGAAAGGCUAAAAAUUCUGCUAAAGAAUUGCACUGAAGCAGUCUACGCUAAUGUUGCAAGGGGUCUGUUUGAGAAAGAUAAGCUUGUUUACUCAUUCAUGAUGUGUGCUGAUAUAAAGAAAGAGAAAAAAGAAAUUUCUGAUGCCGAAUGGAAUUUUCUCCUGCGAGGAAGUGGCAGUAUUGAAAAGGAUUACCCGCCAAAACCAUCCGCCCCAUGGCUCAGUGAGCAUGACUGGCAAUCCUGUUGUAAUUUAGAGGAGCAGAUUCCAGAACUUAAAGGCAUAAAAUCUUUAAUAGCAACUCGCCAUAUCAGCAUUCAGCUUGGAAACUUGAAGAUUUCCCUGAAUCCAGAGAACUGGGAAGGAUAUAAGAAAGAAGGUGAUAUGAAGGAGGACUUUGAGGCGCAGCUUUCAUCCUUUCAAAGACUUAUGUUGAUUAAGUGUUUCAAGGAAGAAAAAGUGACUCAUGCUGUUACGGAAUUUGUGUGUGAAAAUCUUGGCAAGUCAUUCGUCGAAAGCCCAGCAACAGACCUUCGAAUCUUGUAUGCUGACAUGUCUUCUGUCAUUCCUUUGGUGUUUGUUCUCUCUACCGGGUCAGAUCCAAUGAACGCCUUCCAAAGAUUCGCCAAGGAAAUGGAUUACAGCCAUCGAGUGCAAGCCAUUUCGCUUGGUCAAGGUCAAGGCCCCGUCGCAGAAAAGAUGAUAUCCACAGCUGUACAAGAGGGUGACUGGGUGUUUUUGCAGAACUGUCAUUUGGCUGCUUCCUGGAUGCUUUCCAUGGAGGGUAUUGUCAAGAAAAUAUCAUCUGGUGAAACUGAAGUCCAUCCUGACUUUAGGCUGUUCUUAAGCUCCAUGCCUACUAGUAUGUUCCCUGUCACAGUUUUGCAAAACAGCAUCAAAGUGACCAACGAACCGCCUAAAGGCUUGAGAGCUAAUGUGAAGAGAGCGUUCAAUGAAUUGUCCAUAGAUCCUUUUGAAACUCACACUUUGGGUGUUGUCUGGCGUCGCCUUGUCUUUGGUUUGUGUUUCUUCCAUGCCGUCAUCCAAGAGAGAAAGAAAUUUGGUCCUCUUGGUUGGAAUAUCAAGUAUGAGUUCAACGAUUCAGACAGAGAAUGUGCUUUAGAUAAUUUGAAGAUAUUUCUUCAAGAUGGAAAAAUACCAUGGGAUGCAUUGAUAUUCAUAGCUGGAGAGAUCACCUAUGGUGGAAGAGUCACUGAUUCGUGGGACCAAAGGUGUCUUCGGACAAUAUUAAAAAGGUUCUUUGCUCCUGAAACUUUAAAGGAGGAAUACCAAUUCUCUGAUUCUGGUGUGUACUUUGCACCAAGUAAAGAUCUGCUUGAGGAUUAUCGUCAAUACAUUGAGAAUUUGCCAAUGAGUGAUGAGCCAGAAAUAUUUGGUAUGCAUGAAAAUGCCAACAUUGCUUUCCAGAUUCAAGAAACAAAUACACUGAUACGGUCAGUACUGGAGGUACAGCCCCGAAUGUCUAGUGGUGGUAGUGGCAAAACAAGUGAUGAGAUCGUUUACGAGUUAGCAGAAAGUAUCCUCGGCAAACUGCCUGAUAUUCUCGACAUGGAAAAUGCACAAAAAGACCUGUUCAAGACUGAUUCAAAGGGUCGACUGAAUUCUCUCACAACUGUACUCGGACAAGAGGUUGACAGAUUCAACAAUUUGCUGAAAGUCAUCAAGACUUCACUGAAGCAGCUUCAGAAGGCGAUUAAAGGCUUAGUUGUCAUGUCCCUCGAGCUGGACAAAGUCUACACAAGCUUUUUGAAUAAUCAGGUUCCCACCUUGUGGGAGAGUGCUGCCUACCCAUCUUUGAAGCCACUUGCUUCCUGGGUGAAAGAUUUGGUUCUCAGAAUCAGCUUUAUCGAGAAAUGGAUAGUCCACGGCCAACCAAAGUCGUUCUGGAUUUCUGGAUUCUUUUUCCCACAAGGUUUUCUGACGGGAACACUUCAAAAUCACGCCCGCAAGUAUGACCAACCGAUUGAUCAGCUUUCAUUUGGAUACAAAGUCUUACCAAAGUACCGUAACCAAGAGGAAGUAGCCGAGGCCAUGGCAAAGAUGCAACAUGGAGACACACUUGAGCUUGACAAUGAAUUGCCGUCACCAGAUGAUGGGGUUCUGGUGCAUGGGUUGUUUAUUGAGGCAGCUAGGUGGGAUGAUGACAAAAUGCAGCUGGCUGAUGCUCUACCUGGUCAGAUGACAAGCAACCUUCCCGUCAUGCACAUGGAGCCUGGCAUCAGUUUAACACCGGACCCAAAAAUGUAUCGCAGUCCACUUUACAAAACCUCCACUAGAGCUGGUGUAUUGUCGACAACAGGACAUUCAACAAACUUUGUUGUCGCCGUCUAUCUACCAACUGACUUGGAGCAAGAUUACUGGAUCUCCAAAGGCACUGCGCUCUUGUGCCAACUGAAUGACUAGAAAACAAAACUGUAAAACGUAGCUUCUGUGAAUAAAAUAUUUUUGUGCUAUCUUUGGAUUAAGAUGUACGUAUUCCAUUGCUUUGCCACGCCGUUACUUUCCAUUUUAAACUCAAGCUUAUUGAGUAGUUCAUAUCUGAUACAAAAUCUUUAGAUAAUGAAACCGAAAGCAAAAUUAUAACAAAUGCUGCAUUUCAGAUAAAUGAUUUGGCUUCAUUGAGCUUAGGUUUUACUGUGUAAAUAUUUCGGUGCAUUUUGGGCGUUCAAUAUGACUUUCUUAUUGAUAUUACACAUUUCCAUUGAUUACAUUAUUGCGUAUUAGGUUUUUUGCUGUAAAUAAAUGUUAUCUGUAAAGGUUGUCAAUAAAUCUAAAUACCUGAUUGUUAAACUCUUUGUCUUUUUUGUCUUCAAUUCACAUGUCCAUUAUUACACCGUGAA